CACCCUGCCCUGGCUGCGGUCUGAUAACACAGAGGCAGAGAGACAACACAUCUGCUGAGAGGUCAACCAGUACAAGCUGUUUUCUUCAGGCAGUAGGAACUAUUACUUUUGCUCUUUCACUCGUCCUUCUUUUUUAGCAUUUAGGUUAACAGGUUAAUGCAGCGACAAAAAAUGGUUGAUUAGUUUCUUGUUUGUUUUUUUGGCUGUAAAGACCUAACACUUUGGAUAUUUGGCUACAGUGUUUCUGUGUAUGAUAGGCCACAAUGUUGUCCAAGAAGGAAAAAGACUUAAUUAAGGAAAUAUGGGAAAGACUGACUCCUGUGGCAGCAGAGAUUGGAGCAGAUGCACUCCUUAGGAUGUUUGCUUCUUAUCCGGGCACCAAGACAUAUUUUUCCCAUCUAGACAUCAGUCCUAACUCCUCCCACCUGCUUUCUCACGGGAAGAAGAUAGUCCUGGCUAUAGCUGAGGGGGCCCAAGACAUCAGUCAGCUAACUGUCACCCUGGCUCCCCUGCAGACUCUGCACGCCUACCAGCUUCGGGUAGACCCCACAAACUUUAAGCUGCUGUCGCACAGUAUGCUCGUCAGCCUUGCCUGUUACUUGGGGGAUGAAUUCACACCAGUGGCUCACGCCGCCAUGGACAAGUACCUGUCAGCGUUUGCUGCUGUUCUUGCUGAGAAAUACAGAUGAGACUCAAGCACUGGGUUUCCAGAAAGCAUAUGAGGCAUUUAUGAUGCUAUGUAAAAUCUUUUUGUUUUUCUCUCUAUGUGUCACUGUCAUUACUUUGUUACAUUUUUUAAUGGUCAAAAAUGUGCAAUUCGUGUGUUAGUUUUUGUGCUGUUAUAUUAUCAAAUAAAAACAAAUCGAAUCUGUGGUUUUCCACGCAUUAUCAUAUCACGUUCAAAAUGCAUUGUGUUGAUCAUUUUCAAGGAAUUCAUCAUUUGACUGAGUUAAGUUUUUGUAGUUGCUCACUGUCAUGUCAGCUGAUAAUUUACAUGAUUUUACUUAAGCAAGCUUUCCUACUGUAAAAUAUUUUUAUAAUAAAUAAUACAUUUACAAC